ACACGUCAUCACUGUCACAUGUGACAGGGUGGAUAUUUUUUUCGCACUCUCCGCGAUCACUUAUAUCUUUAUCACCUUUUUCCCUGCCUGCGAGGCCCGAUCGGUGGGUGUGAGCGCGAAAAAGAGCAGUGAAGAGUGUCUGAGAGUGCAACUGGGGUGCAUCAGCGCGGCUGUGAGGUGAGAUUCAGUGAGAUCGGCAGCGAUGUUCAGUUGGUUGAAGCGCGAGAAGGCCACCCAGGAGGUGGUGGACAAUGUUGUGGGCGCCCUGAAGAAGAUCUACCGGACGAAGUUGCUGCCCCUGGAGGAGUACUACUGCUUCCAUGACUUCCACUCGCCCAGACUCGAGGACCCGGACUUCGAUGCGAAGCCCAUGAUUCUGCUGGUGGGACAGUACUCCACGGGCAAGACGACCUUCAUUCGCUACCUCCUGGAGAGGGACUUUCCGGGCAUUCGCAUCGGGCCGGAGCCCACGACGGACAGAUUCAUCGCCGUGAUGUGGGAUGAGAAGGAGGGCGUGAUCCCGGGCAAUGCACUGGUGGUGGAUCCCAAGAAGCAGUUCCGUCCGCUCAGCAAGUACGGCAACGCCUUCCUGAAUCGCUUUCAGUGCUCCUCGCUGCCCUCGCCCGUCCUCCAGGCCAUCUCCAUCGUGGACACGCCCGGCAUUCUGUCGGGUGAGAAGCAGCGCAUCGACCGUGGCUAUGACUUCACUGGUGUUCUGGAGUGGUUCGCGGAGCGCGUGGACAGGAUUAUUCUGCUCUUUGACGCCCACAAGUUGGACAUUAGCGAUGAGUUCCGGCGCUCCAUCGAAGCGCUCAAGGGCCACGACGACAAGAUCCGCAUCAUCCUCAACAAGGCGGACAUGGUGGAUCACCAGCAGCUGAUGCGUGUCUAUGGAGCGCUCAUGUGGUCGCUGGGCAAGGUGUUGCAGACGCCCGAGGUGGCGCGUGUGUACAUUGGCUCUUUCUGGGACCAGCCGCUGCGCUACGACAUGAAUCGUCGUCUGUUUGAGGAUGAGGAGCAGGAUCUGUUCAGGGACUUGCAAUCUCUGCCCCGCAAUGCUGCUCUACGGAAGCUGAACGACCUCAUAAAGCGCGCCCGACUGGCCAAGGUGCAUGCCUACAUCAUUGCCGAGCUGCGCAAGGAGAUGCCCUCAGUGUUCGGCAAGGAUGCGAAGAAGAACCAGCUGAUUAAGAACUUAGGGCAGAUUUACGACAAGAUCCAACGAGAGCAUCAAAUCUCACCGGGAGACUUCCCAGACAUCAAGAAGAUGCAGGAGACGCUGCAGCAUCAGGACUUCACCAAGUUCCACUCGCUGAAGCUGCAUCUGCUCGACGUGGUGGAUCAGAUGCUGGCCACCGACAUUGCCAAGCUGAUGGAGAUGAUUCCGCAGGAGGAGAGCAACCUCGUGUCCGAGCCCGUCGUCAAAGGCGGUGCCUUCGAGGGUAUCGGCGAGGACAGUGUGUCACCGUUUGGAUAUCGCAAGGGCGAAGGAAUCGAUGCUGGCUCUGGUGAAUUGGAUUGGAUAUGCAACCGUGAUCGAGGCCGAACUGAUCCAAUCUUUGAGAGAUUGGGUCCCAUUGAUGGGAAAAUUUCCGGUGCUACCGCAAAACAGGAGUUGAUUAAAUCCAAACUCCCAAAUUCCGUGCUGAGCAAAAUUUGGAAGUUGUCCGAUGUUGAUGCCGAUGGAUUCCUCGAUGUGGAGGAAUUCGCGCUGGCCAUGCACUUGAUCAAUGUGAAACUGGACGGAAAUGAGCUGCCGACCGUUCUGCCAGAUCAUCUGAUUCCGCCGUCCAAGAGAUACAACAAUGGCGAGUAGUUGGAUGUAAUAUCUCUGUACUUCGGUUAGUAAGUUGAUGAGAGUGACACAAAGAAACUAAUAGGGACUUUUGGCGACACUUAAACACGAUGUUAAGGAAUCACAGCAGAGCGCUACUAUAUUUUUAUACGGACAAUAUCAUGAGAGGAGAAUCGUUAACGUCUGUUAUAUAUAUUUCUUGUUUUACAAACACGAAUUCAUAUUUCCAUGGAACACAGUAAAAUAUUUAUAUAUUAAAGAAAAGAUUAGUUUGUAUAGAUAAGUAUGCAAUAAUUUAGAGAGAGCGAAAGGGAGAAGAAAACGAUCAAAAUGAAGAAAAAUAUGUGAACUGACACCGGAAAUUGAUCGAAUCUAACUACAUAUUUAGCAAGUGAAAUAAUUUCUAAAAAAAAAGCAUGAAAAAAAGUAUUCGUGUAGCUUUUGUAUAGACGUCAGAACGAAGAGAGAAUUUUCACAAUUUGUCGUGUGCUGUUUUUAUUUAGUAUAUCACUCGAAAUACUAAAACGAUUGAUAGGAAUUUGUACAAUAAAUUGUAAGAAGUUCGUGAAGCAUCACACAAAUCUCUUUGUUACUUCGACAAAUCAUCUAUAAGUGUUUCUUAUGAAUAUAGAUAGAUGUACUUUUCCUUUACAUUGCAAUCAAAUUAUCCUCAUGGUGAGCGAAAGGAAAUGCGCGAUGAGAGAAGCUAUAGAACAUAAACUUUAGUGUGCGAGAAAGAGAGCAUUUAUCUCUAUUAUAAUUUAAUGAAUAUUAGCACGAAAUUAUUUAUUCAGCAAUUUGCAAAUUACACAAUUUUUUUCCGCAUAUUAAAUGUUACUUUAGAGAUGAAUUAUCCCAUUGCUAUGAAAUCAUACGAAUUGUAAAUUGAGAGUUUAAAGAAGGAACAAAAAAAAAUUUAUGUUACAAUUAACUUGACGCGUAUUACAAAAAAUUAUGUUUAAAUAAUAUGGGGCAAAAGACAGUGAAGAGCUUUAAGAGUGUUUAUGGAGGAUGAGAAAUUUACACUAUGCAACAUGUUAUUUAUUAUAUUUUCUUCUUAAAUAAAACACGUAUUGGUGAAAAUUAUUGCUCUUUUGCUGGGUGUGCCUGCAGAGGAAAACUAUUAAAAGUGAUUUAUCUGUUGUUUAUUUCAUGCUUAGGAGAAAUAUGACUUUAACAUGCUUUUCUCCACACUUCAGCCCUUAAAUUAUGGUCAAAUUUUUCGCUGUUGUGAUAAAAUAUUUGAGUACAAGUGAUAUACGAGGAUGAAAUAUCAAUUUUCUGCAUGAAGAAUACAAACAGUGUUAGAAUAUUUUCUCUCCCAGGAUUGGAUGUUUUGUCACAAUUUCAAUGUUUGCUUUUGGAUCUGUGGAGGGAAAUUUAUUGUAUUGCAACUUGACAGAUCGCAGUGUUUAUUGUUGGUUGAAGGUUUCCUGUGUGAGUGAAAUGAUGAUAAAUUUCAUUAAAAUGCCAGUUACUUUAUUGCUGUAAACUUUGAAAUUGCGAUUUUGCCAGAAUUCUCUCACUUUAUCCUUCAAGCAUCAAAGUUAAAAUGCUGGUGGUUAUUCUUUUUCGGUGGAAAGUUAUACCUUGAAAUCUUCUGUUUUCAGCCUAAAGGUUGUUUUGCUUCGCAAAAGUCAAGAACCGGGCAAAGAAUAAAGUUAAAGCGGAAAGUUUCUCUUGCGGUCUGACUUGAUGGUGAAUGAAGAUGGGGAGGAAAUUCUUGAUUUCUCUCCUUCGCACUCUCGGGACAUGUGAAAUAUGUCAAGAGUUUCUUCUCGCCCUCCAAGUCGCAGAGAAUCGGUCAAAAUUGACGAAAUUGUAUUGGGAAGGCGGCAGUGGGGGCGAAAGUUGUGCGAGUUGGAAAUGCCAGAAGUUUUUCCUGAUUUUUUCCAUGGCACUCCCUCCUGAUUUCCCGUCCUUCGGCCGCAAUGUGAGUCACUCGGACAGGUUGAGAUGAGCCCUGUGGCAAUGGCUUCAUUAAGUUGGUUGCUCUUGUCAGCCUGCUUUGGACCCUCUUCACCUUUUUUCUCUCCACUCUCUCUCUCUCUCUCUUUCUCUCUGGCUUUCGAUACUAAUCUCGCGACAUAAUUUCCUCUGGGCCAACAGGAGAAUAUCUCCGGAAAAAGUUGGAGAUUCUUUGGGUGAAAUUUCGUGUCUGUGGGCACAUUUUCUGUCGAUCUUCUGCUUUUUUCCCCAUCCGCCUAAUUGGCAGCAUAAGAGGUAAUUCAGUGAUUUUCCCGAAAUUGACUGAACAAAAUUGCAAAGCUCUUCAAUAAGGGGUGUAAAACUAGUGAGAC